AUGAAUUCAACAACGAAUUGUUCAUUACAAGUUCGUGUUUAUACAUCAGAUUAUUUAUUUUUUAAAUUACUUAAUUGCACAUAUUUACGUUUACUUAUUGGUCCAGGUAUAUUACUUAAUAUACUUUGUCUUUUUGUUCUUUCAUGUCCAAGAUCAUCAAAUAAAUCAACAACUGUUGUCUUUUUACGAUUUCUUUCAAUUUUUGAUAUUUUU